AUAGGGUAAAUUUUAUAAGUAGAAGUGUUAUCCGGACGUGAAGUUGAUUUCAAUUUUGUUUUUGUUUGUGCAUUUUCUUUGUCACAUUAUGUCGACGAUUAACUACAGCAAGUGGGACCACAUAGAGGUCUCUGAUGAUGAAGACGACACUCACCCCAACAUCGACACACCGAGCCUGUUCAGGUGGCGACACCAGGCCCGUCUGGAGCGCAUGGAGCAACAGAAGCAGGAGAAGGAGACUUUUGAGCAGCAGUACACCAGUCACCAGCAAAAAGUUCAGGAAAUCAAGAGAAAACUGCAGGAGAGUGAAGAGUCGGCAGCCGCGGCCAACCUGGAGUCACUGAAGGCAGAGCUGACAGAGAUGGAGAGACAGGAGAGAGAGUUCAAGAAGAAAGAGGAGGAAAUCAAGAAGAAAGAGCGAUUAACACCAUGGAACAUUGAUACACUCUGUCAUGAUGGAAAGUCAAAAACUAUCGUGAACACGUACAAGAAAGAAGAAAAGGAAUUAACAGAGGAAGAAAGAGCAGCAAAACAGGCCGAGUUCAACAAGCAGCACAAGGUGAACAUGAAGAAGUUUGGGAUGUUCAGCAAGUAUGACGACAGCCAAGAGUUCCUGCUGCAGCAUCCAGAGCUUGUCUGUGAGGAGACUGCAAACUACCUGGUGUUGUGGUGCAUAGACCUGGAGAUUGAGGAGAAGCAUGCGUUGAUGGAGCAGGUGUCACACCAGACGAUCGUGAUGCAGUUCAUACUGGAACUUGCCAAGCAGAUGGAGUUGGACCCUCGCAGCUGCAUCAAACCUUUCUUUACCAGGAUCAAGCAGGCCCAGAAGGAGUACCAGGAUGCGUUCAAUGAUGAGCUGUCAGGGUUCAAGGAGCGGAUCCGUACCCGCGCCAAACAGAAGAUUGAGGAGGCUAUCAAGGAGCAUGAGGAGGAGGAGAGACAGAAGAGGCUGGGCCCAGGAGGUCUGGACCCUGUGGAGGUGUUUGAGUCACUGCCAGAUACCAUGAAGGCGUGUUUUGAGAGCAAGGACAUAGAGCAGCUACAGCAGGUUGUGCUGGAGAUGCCAAAGGCAGAGGCCGAGUAUCACAUGAAGAGGUGUGUUGACUCAGGUCUGUGGGUGCCGGGCGGGGGGUCGGGCGUCCAGGAGACGGGAGCCCCGGGGGAGGGGCAAGAGGAGGGAGAGGAGGAGACGUAUGAGGACGCGCAGUGAUUGACAGCUAUGGUGACAUUUGAUUGACCGAUUGACAGCUGAAGAAAAUGGACCUCUAAUAGUUUCAAUCUUGUUUAACACAUAAAAUUGAUUCUCGCCAUCAUAAAAUUAUUUCUAAUAAAUGAAUGAUUAAUUGAGAGCUUCAUAGCAAGUGUGAGGCGUAUGAAGAGUUUCAGGGAUUGACAGCACUAUGACAAGUGAUUGACAGCUGAACAAAAGGAACCUCUAUAAUUGUCCAUCUUCUUUUACACAUAAAAUUGAUUCCCACACUUUUAUUACUCACAAAUUAUUUGAUACAAAAAUAUAUAAAUCAUUAUUUUAGAGUUUUAUAGUAAGUGUGAUAGAGGUUGUUGUUUUUUUGCGUACCAGACAAGUAAUUGAAAAAACUCUCAAAUCACCAAUCUGGUAGACGGAUACGCAUAAUAAAAUUAUUGUCCUGAACAAAAUUUCCAUAUCCGUCUUUUGUUGUGUGUAAAUUGAGUUGAUUGAUGGUUGAUUAUUGAUAUUUGAACCUUUAAAAUCAAAUAUUAUGGCCCAUCUGUUAACCGGUUCAUGUAUUAUUGGUAAACUACAACUGUUAUAUACAUUCUUACAGAUUAUUGUGAAGCAUUGUUGCAUUUUGUGUGUGAUUUAAAGCUGAAAAAUGAACCUGAUGAAGUAUUAGAACUGUAAUGAACUUUGUGUCAUAUUGCCUUAUUUCAUACAUGGCUGUCACACCAAAACGUUUUCUUAGAAUUUGUGUUCAAAUAUAAAAUUUCUUUCGAAAUUGUUUGAAAUACUAUAGAACUUUUUUCAACAUUAAGUAAAAACAAAUAUCUUAAAAUUACAGUUGUAAUACCUAUAAUCAGCAAUCAUUUGUACAAGAUGGUAUAUUUAGGUUUUAACCCAUUCAUGCCUAGCGUCCUGAAAAAAGGACAUUGCAAACAGCGUAGACCCAGAUGA